AUGGUACUCAUCCAUAGCUUUGACAUGCCAUUCAAGGCCGGUUUCAUUUUUACAUGUGGAGGAACAGUAAAAGGUAAGAACGGGACCAUUGAAAGCCCUGGUUUUCCACACGGAUAUCCGAACGGGGCCAACUGUACUUGGGUUAUUGUGGCUGAGGAGAAGAACAGAAUUCAUAUAGUUUUUCAAUCUUUCGCCGUGGAGGAGGAAUAUGACUUUUUAUCUUUAUACGACGGGCACCCUCACCCUGCUAACUUCAGAACGAGGUUAACGGGCUUCCAGGUGCCACCUCCUGUCACAAGCACAGGAUCCAUUUUCUCUUUGCGCCUUACCAGUGACUUUGCUGUGAGCGCCCAUGGAUUCAAAAUCUAUUACGAAGAACUACAAAGCAGCUCUUGUGGGAAUCCAGGGGUUCCACCAAAGGCCAUUCUAAAUGGCUCCAGAUUCAACGUGGGGGACAGAAUCAGAUAUCGAUGUGUUUCGGGUUACAUCCUGGACGGGCACUCCCAGCUAACGUGUGUCACUGGCACGUCCAAUGUGGCCGUAUGGGACUUCCCUGUCCCAAUCUGUAGAGCUGAAGACACCUGCGGCGGAACAUUCCGGGGUUCCAGCGGGAUCAUCUCCAGUCCGGACUUCCAGCGGGACUACCAGAACAGCGGAGAGUGCACGUGGACCAUUCUGGCUGAUCCGGGAGACACCAUCUCCUUGGUCUUCACCGACUUUCAAAUGGAGAGCAAACUGGACUAUUUAGAAGUAGAGGGAUCUGAGCCACCAACGAUAUGGUUGUCAGGAACAAAUAUUCCAGUCCCCAUAGUCAGUAACAAGAACUGGUUACGACUCCAUUUUGUCACCGAUAAUAACCAUCGGCACAAAGGCUUCAGUGCUCAGUAUCAAGUGAAAAGGUCUGGGGACUUCAAGUCGCGUGGAGUGAAACUGUUACCUGGAAAAGACAACACAAGUAAAUUUUCAAUCAUGAACGAGGGAGGAAUAAAGCAAGUGUCCAACUAUUGUCCAGACCCAGGCGAGCCGGAGAACGGCAAACGCAUGGGUUCUGAUUUCAGCAUCGGAGCCACUGUACACUUCACCUGUAACGGAGACCACGUGAUGCAGGGAUCCAAAAGCAUCGUAUGUCAGAGAGUGGCUGAAGUGUUUGCCGCCUGGAGUGAUCACAGGCCUGUCUGCAAAGUUAAAACUUGCGGGUCAAACCUUUACGGUCCUUCUGGUACUUUUACGUCUCCAAAUUUCCCCAUACAGUAUGAGAGCAACUCUCACUGCGUGUGGAUAAUUACGGCCAGUAAUCUCAAUAAGGUAAUUCAGAUAAACUUUGAAGAAUUUGACCUGGAGCUGGGAUAUGACACCCUCACUAUAGGGGAUGGAGGAGAAGUUGGAGACUCCAGAACAAUCAUUCAAGUGUUAACGGGAAGUUUUGUUCCUGACCUUAUCGUGAGUAUGACGCAUCAGAUGUGGUUGCACCUCCAGGCAGAUGAAAGCGUGGGCUCCAUUGGGUUUAAAAUCAACUACAAAGAAAUUGACAAAGAGAGCUGCGGAGAUCCCGGCAUCCCUCUCUACGGCUACAGGGAGGGCGGGGGGUUUUCGAACGGUGAUGUGCUGCGAUUUGAGUGCCAGUUUGGAUUUGAGCUCAUUGGAGAGAGAAUGAUUUCCUGUCAAAAUAACAAUCAGUGGUCUGCUAACAUCCCCAUCUGUAUAUUUCCGUGUCUGUCAAACUUCACGGCUGCCAUGGGAACAGUUCUAUCCCCCGACUAUCCGGAGGGUUAUGGGAACAACCUGAACUGCCUGUGGCUCAUCAUUUCCGAGCCGGGAAGCCGGAUUCACCUGGCUUUCAACGACUUUGAUCUGGAGCCGCCUUACGACUUCCUGACGGUGAGAGACGGGGAGAGCGUGGACGCUACGGUCCUCGGACGUUUUUCCGGCGCCGAAGUGCCGUCUCACCUAACCAGCAACUCCAACGUCCUCCAGUUGGAAUUCCAGGCCGAUCACUCCAUGUCCGGACGAGGAUUCAACAUCACGUACAGCACUUUUGGCCACAACGAGUGCCCAGACCCCGGAAUCCCAAUGAAUGCGAGGCGCUUUGGAGAUAAUUUCCAGCUGGGAAGUUCGAUAUCCGUCGUCUGCGAGGAGGGUUUUAUAAAAACCCAAGGAUCAGACACCAUUGUCUGUGAAUUAAACGCCGGGAAGGUGAUGUGGAGCGGCCUCAUCCCGAAAUGCGAGGCGCCGUGCGGCGGUCAUUAUUCUGCUCCUGCGGGAGUUAUCCUGUCUCCGGGUUGGCCAGGCUACUACAAAGACUCCCUCAGCUGCGAGUGGGUCAUCGAGGCAGAGGUGGGACGCUCCAUCAAGAUCAGCUUUGACAGGUUCCAGACAGAACUUAAUUAUGACUUUUUAGAGGUACACGAUGGACCGAACCUGCUCUCUCCUCUAAUCGCCUCUCUCAAUGGCACCCAAGUCCCACAGUUCCUGUUCAGCAGCGGCAACUCCCUCUAUCUGCUCUUUACCACCGAUAACAGUCGUUCCAACAGUGGAUUUAAGCUCUUCUAUCAAAGUGUUACUCUAGACACACACUCUUGCCUGGAUCCGGGGAUUCCAGUGAACGGCAUACGUUAUGGGCAGGACUUGGCCAUCGGCUCCACGGUGUCGUUUGGCUGCGAGCCAGGCUACAGGCUCAGUCACGAGGAGCAGCUCGUCUGCGAGAAAAAUCAUUGGUGGAGUCACCCUCUCCCAACCUGCGACGCUUUGUGUGGGGGCGAUGUCAGAGGUCCACAAGGUAUCAUCCUGUCUCCUGGAUAUCCCGAACUCUACCCCAACUCCUUAAACUGCACUUGGACUGUGGAGGUCAGCCAUGGAAAAGGGGUGCAGUUCACGUUUCACACCUUCCAUCUGGAAGAUCACCAUGACUACCUGCUGCUGACGGAGAACGGGAGUUUCGCACAGCCAUUGGCCCGCCUUACGGGCUCUCAGCGGCCGCCCUCAAUCAAUGCCGGCCUCUUCGGCAACUUCAAGGCACAGCUGCGUUUCAUAUCGGACUUCUCCAUCUCUUUCCAGGGCUUCAACAUCUCUUUCUCAGAGUAUGACCUUGAGCCCUGCGAGGACCCUGGCACCCCCAAAUUCGGCUGGCACAGCGGUACCAGUUUCCGAGUUGGCGACUCACUAGCGUUCUCUUGUGACGUGGGCUAUCGCCUGCAGGGGGCGCAAGAGCUCACGUGCCUGGGUGGGGGGCGGCGCGUGUGGAGCGGACCUCUGCCAAGGUGUGUGGCUGAAUGUGGCUCGACGGUCUCUAAGAAUGCUGGGAUAUUGUUGUCACCCAACUACCCCAUGAAUUACGACAACAACCACGAGUGCAUCUAUAAUAUUCAAGUCCAGGCCGGAAAAGGCAUAAACAUCUCUGCCAGCACUUUCCAUCUCGCUCAAGGUGACAUCCUCAAGAUAUAUGAUGGAGCAGACAACUCUGCAGAUGUACUGGGCACCUUUACUGGUUCUUCACUGUUGGGUCUGUCUCUAACCAGCACUUCCAACCAUCUGUGGCUGGAGUUUUACUCUGAUCAGGAGGACACGGCAGAAGGCUUUAAACUGAUCUACUUCAGUUUUGAGCUGUCACACUGCGAGGACCCGGGUGUACCCCAGUUUGGGUCCAAAGUCAGCGACCAGGGCCACUUUGCCGGGAGCGUGGUCACAUACCGUUGCGACCUUGGUUACAGUCUCCACGGCAGCAGCGCCCUGAGAUGCAUGACGGGCGAGAGACGGGCGUGGGACCGCCAACUCCCAUCAUGCAUAGCUGAAUGUGGUGGCAGCUUUAAAGGUGAGUCGUCUGGACGAAUCCUGUCGCCUGGAUACCCCUUCCCUUAUGACAACAACCUGCGCUGCACGUGGACUAUUGAGGUGGACUCGGGCAAUACUGUCAGUCUCCAGUUUUUGGCGUUUGACACGGAGGCAUCUCACGACAUCCUGAAGGUGUGGGAUGGGCCUCCGGAGAAUGAAAUGAUACUCCGAGAGGUGAGCGGCUCGCUUUUGCCAGACGGGAUCCACAGCACCCUCAACGUCGUCACCAUUCAGUUCGAGACCGACUUCUACAUAAGCAAAUCCGGCUUUGCCAUCGAUUUCUCCAGUUCCGUGGCAACGGCCUGCAGGGAUCCGGGGACACCCAUGAAUGGUAGUCGCAGCGGGGAUGGGAAGGAACCAGGUGACGUGGUGACCUUUGCAUGUGACCCUGGAUAUGAGCUACAGGGCGAGACCAAGAUUACCUGCAUUCAAGUGGAAAACAGGUUCUACUGGGAACCCAGUCCGCCCACCUGCAUAGCUCCAUGUGGUGGAAACAUUACAGGGUCAUCUGGGUUCAUUCUCUCGCCGAAUUUUCCUCACCCCUACCCUCACAGCAAAGACUGUGAUUGGUUCAUCACUGUUCACAGCGAUUAUGUCAUCUCGUUAGCAUUUAUCAGUUUCAGCAUCGAACCAAAUUAUGAUUUCUUGUACAUUUAUGACGGACCACACAGCAAUAGCCAACUCAUUGGCACCUUCCAAGACAGCAAGUUACCAGAGAAGGUAGAGAGCAGUUCCAACAUCGUGCACAUAGCAUUCCGCAGUGAUGGCUCCGUCAGCUAUACAGGCUUCCAUCUGGAAUAUAAAGCUAAGUUGCGGGAGUCCUGCUUUGACCCAGGGAGCGUGAUGAAUGGAACUCGGCUGGGGAACGACUACAAACUGGGCUCCAGUGUGACCUUCCACUGUGAGCCAGGUUACCAGCUGCAGGGUCACUCGAGCCUCACUUGUAUCAUGGGCAGCACUAGCAGGCCUGAAUGGAACAGGGAACUGCCAAGCUGCCAAGCUCCUUGUGGAAGCAGGUCGACAGGUUCGGAGGGUACUGUUCUAUCACCAAACUACCCCAGGAAUUACACGAUGGGUCACACGUGCACCUAUGAAAUUUCCGUGCCUGGAGAAUUUGUGCUGUUUGGGCAGUUUGUUUUCUUCCAGACGUCUCUGAACGAUGUAGUAGACAUCUAUGAUGGACCUUCGGCAGAAUCCCCUCUGCUCACGUCAAUAUACGGCUCUCACUCAGGAGAGCCUUUGCCUUUGAGCUCUGGAAAUGAAAUUACCAUCAAGUUCACAACAGUGGGACCAAACACGGCCAAGGGCUUCCAUUUUGUCUAUCAAGCUGUCCCCAGAACCAGCGCCUCCCAGUGCAGCUCGGUUCCCGAGCCGCGCUUUGGAAAACGGAUCGGGAACGACUUCGGAGUGGGCACGGUGGUGCACUUCGAAUGUAACCCAGGCUACGCUCUGCACGGCUCCACUGCCAUCAGGUGUGAGGCUGUGCCCAACACUCUAGCCCAGUGGAACGGGACCGUGCCCGCGUGUAUCGUCCCUUGUGGAGGGGUCCUCACCGCACGCCGAGGGACCAUCUUAUCGCCUGGUUACCCUGAUCCCUAUGACAACCACCUGAACUGUGUUUGGAAGGUCUUUGUACCAGAGGGAGCCGGAAUCCAAAUCACUGUCGUCACUUUCUCUACGGAGCACAACUGGGAUACCCUGGAAUUCUACGACGGACUUGACAGCAACGCUCCAAGACUGGGGAGCUAUUCAGGGACGACAAUUCCCCCUCUCCUCAACAGCACGUCCAACAACCUGUACCUCACCUUUCAGACGGACAUGAGUGUGUCUGGAGCGGGGUUUCAUCUGGAGUAUACAGCAAUAGGUUUGGACUCCUGCCCAGAACCCCAGACGCCCAGCAACGCGGUUAAAGUGGGCGACCGUUACAUCGUGGGCGACGUGGUGUCAUUUCACUGUGAGCAAGGUUACACUCUGAAGGGAAAUGCCCAUAUCACCUGCAUGCCUGGACCAGUUAGAAGAUGGAACCAUCCAGCACCACUGUGUAUUGCUCAGUGUGGAGGUUCGUUAUCGGACUUCAACGGGGUAAUCCUGAGCCCUGGAUUUCCUGGGAAUUACCCCAGCGGUCAAGAUUGCACCUGGACGGUUAAACUCCCAAUUGGCUACGGAAUUCAUCUGCAAUUCCUGAACUUUUCCACGGAGGCCGUCCACGACUACCUUGAAGUGCGGAGCGGGAACCCGAUCACUGGUUCCGUGAUCGAUCGGUUCAGCGGGUCGGUCGUUCCAGACUCUUUCUUUAGCACGACCCAUGAGACCAGCUUCCUCUUUCACAGUGACUACUCCCAGAACAAACCUGGAUUCCACAUCACCUACGAGGCAUACGAGUUGCAGCGGUGUCCGGACCCGAGACCCUUCCGAAACGGCAUGGUGAUGGGCAGCGACUUCGGGGUUGGCAUGACUAUUUCUUUCGAGUGUCUGCCAGGUUAUUCGCUGCUUGGUGAGCCUUCACUCACCUGCCUGCACGGAGUCAGCAGGAAAUGGAACCACCCAGUACCACGCUGCGAGGCUCUCUGUGGAGGUAAUCUCACAUCUUUAAGCGGGACCAUCUACUCCCCGGGUCACCCGGCUGAGUACCCAAAUCUGAAGGACUGCAUGUGGAGCAUCAGAGUGCCUCCUGGAAACGGAAUCCACAUCAACUUCACUGUGCUUAACACCGAACCCAUCUACGACUACAUCACUGUCUGGGACGGUCCGGACCAAGGCUCCCCGCAGAUCGGCCAGUACAGCGGAACCUCGACCCAGGAGGCCGUCUCAAGCACGUCCAAUCACGUCUUGAUCAAAUUCCACAGCGACUUCAGCACCAGUGGAUUCUUUGUUCUUAGUUACCACGCCUACCACUUACGAGUCUGUCAACCUCCACCACCUGUGGCCAACGCAGAGGUACUCAAGGAUGACGACGAAUUUGAAAUUGGAGACAUCAUCAGAUACCGCUGCUUGCCUGGGUUCACACUCGUGGGCAGUGAGAUUCUGACCUGCAGACUGGGCGAGAGACUACAAAUGGAUAAUCCGCCGCCGCUGUGCCAGGUUGACUGCCCUGACAAUGAGGUUCUUUUCGAUUCAACUGGAGUGAUUCUGAGCCCUGGGUACCCAGACAGUUACCCGAACCUUCAGAUGUGUUCCUGGUUGAUCAAUGUGGAGAAAGGUUACAACAUCACCUUGUACUUUGAACUCUUCCAAACCGAGAAGGAGUUUGACAUCCUGGAGAUAUUUGACGGGUCCAGUGUCUACAGUCAGAGUCUAGCCGCUCUGAGCGGAGAUCUGGCCGCGCCCUUCACCAUCACCACCACAGGACACCAGCUUUUCCUGCGCUGGUCGUCCGACCACGGCACCAACAAGAAGGGCUUCCGCAUCACUUACGUGGCCAUGUACUGUAGCACUCCAGACUCGCCCCAGCACGGUUUCGUGGUGAGUCAGACGGGAGGACACGUCAACAGCGUGGUUCGUUGGGCUUGCGAUCGCGGAUACAGGCUGAUUGGCAAAAGCAUGGCCGUGUGCAGGAAGACGGUGUUCGGCUACCUCUCCUGGGACGCGUCCGUGCCGGCGUGCCAAGCUGUGUCCUGCGGUAUGCCUGUGGCACCGGUUAAUGGAGGUGUGCUGGCGGCAGACUACUCAGUGGGCACCAGGGCAACUUACUUCUGCAACGAGGGUUACAGGCUUUCCUCCAAGGAGGUGACCAGCACCGUCUGCCAGGCUGACGGGACAUGGAGCAACCACAACAAAAUCCCCCGAUGCACAGUCAUGGUGUGUCCCAGUAUCGGAUCCUUUACGCUGGAUCACGGCAAAUGGAGGAUAGUCAAUGGCUCUCGCUAUGAAUAUGGGACCAAAAUAGCUUUUAACUGUAACCCUGGUUACUACCGUCUCGGCCCCGCCCACAUCCACUGCACAUCCAAUGGGACGUGGAGCUGGCGAAAUGAAAGGCCGCGCUGCAAGAUCAUUUCGUGUGGAGAGCUGCCCACUCCUCCUAAUGGGAUGAAAAUUGGAACGCAGACGACCUUCGGAGCCACGGCCGUUUUCACUUGCGACUCGGGAUACGUUCUGGUGGGCUCGGCCGUACGAGAAUGCCUGGCCUCGGGGCUCUGGAGCGGGAUGGAGACCCUCUGUUUGGCCGGCCACUGCGGGAUACCGGAGCCCAUUGUGAACGGCCAGGUCAUCGGGGAGAACUUUGGUUACAGGGACACAGUAGUGUACCAGUGCAAUCCCGGGUUCCGCCUCAUCGGUUCCUCGGUACGGAUCUGCCAACAGGAUCACCAGUGGUCGGGACAGCUCCCGUCAUGCGUCUCCAUUAGCUGCGGCCAUCCAGGGAGUCCCAUCUACGGCCGCACGGUUGGCGACGGGUUCAACCUCAACAACGUGGUUAGCUUCUUCUGCAACAACGGCUACAUCCUGGAGGGCCCUUCCCAGGCGCAGUGCCAGGCGGACCGCCAGUGGAGCCAUCAGCCGCCAACAUGCAGGGUCGUCAACUGCACUGAUCCGGGCAUCCCAGCCAAUUCAAUCAGACAGAGCAAGAUCGAGCAUGGUAACUUCACCUUUGGUACUGUGGUAUCCUACGACUGCAAUCCUGGGUACCACGUCUUUGGGUCGCCGGUCCUAACCUGUCAGCCCAUUGGCUACUGGGACAAGCCCUUACCGGAAUGCAUUGAAAUCGACUGUGGACACCCGGACACGCCCCCCAACGGCAUCCUCAUCGGCGACAGGUUCACCUUCGGCUCUAGCGUUGGCUACAGCUGUGAGGGAGGCAGGGAGCUGAUUGGAGAGUCAGUCCGAACGUGUCAACUCAACGGCCACUGGAGCGGCUCCCUGCCUCACUGCUCAGGGGGCGCGUCGGGAGACUGCGGGGACCCCGGCACGCCGGCCCAUGCCAGCCGGGAGGAGGGCAGCUUCCAGGGGCGGAGAAAAGUGCGUUUCACCUGCUCCACAGGACACACGCUCUAUGGCUCCGCCGAAAGGAUCUGCUUCCCGAACGGCACCUGGUCCGGAAAACAACCCACCUGCAAACCGGUCCAGUGUGGGAACCCGGGGACUCCGGCUAACGGGCGCGUCGCCCGUGUCACGGGCAUCUCCUUCUCUCAUUCUGUGGUUUACUCGUGCGUGGACGGAUAUCGUCUCUCCGGCUCUCCCUCUCGCCAGUGCCUGGCCAACGGCACCUGGUCUGGCGCCGAGCCAAACUGCACCAUGAUCAGCUGUGGUGAUCCGGGCAUACCUGCUAAUGGGCUGAGAUCUGGGGAUGCUUUUACCAUCGGCCAAAACAUCACCUUUUCCUGCCAGCCGGGUUAUCUAAUGGAAACAAAUGGCGCCAGCACUUGGACCUGCACACAGAAUGGUACUUGGAGCGGAGCUAUGCCAGCGUGCAAAGCUGUGACCUGCUCUCCCCCACCUGCUAUCACCAGUGGAGUUGUGGAAGGGUCGGUGUUUGAGUGGGGCACCAGUGUGAGUUACAGCUGCCUGACUGGGUACGAGCUGUCCUUCCCGGCUGUCCUCACCUGUGUGGGGAACGGCACCUGGAGCGGAGACAUGCCCUUAUGUCUACCCAAGUUCUGCGGGAACCCUGGGACUCCGGCGAGGGCCAGGAGAGAAGGCCAGAGCUUCAUUUACAGGUCGGAGGUGUCGUACGGUUGCGCCGCCCCCUUUGUGCUGGUGGGAUCCCCCACGCGCGUGUGCCAGGCGGACGGCACGUGGAGCGGCUCUCCGCCCCACUGCAUAGAGCCAACUAGGACAACCUGUGAAAAUCCAGGAUCGCCAGAAUACGGUUCCCUGAACAGCAGUUUGGGCUUUAAGGUGGGGAGUAUGGUGAAGUUCCAUUGUCAGGCCGGAUACUUGUUACUGGGCUCAACCACUCGUUCGUGUCAGUCAGACCUAACCUGGAGUGGCACUCAGCCAGAAUGCAUCCCCCACUCUUGUAAACAACCAAAGAGUCCACCCAAUGCCAACGUGGUGGGCAUGGAUCUGCCCAACUUUGGCUUCACAUUGCUCUACUCGUGCCAGCCUGGAUACAUCCUGACGGGUGGCUCGGAACACCGUGUUUGCAGGGCAGACGGCACCUGGACUGGUAAAGUGCCAGUUUGCCGAGUGGGCUCAAAAACAACAGAGAAAAUUGUCACACCCAUUGAAGGAACCUCAAGUCCAAAAGCAAAUGUUCCAGACGACGUGUUCGCGCCCACGUACAUCUGGAAAGGCUCGUACGAGCACAAAGGAGUGAAAGAACCGAUGACCUUGACAAUCACUAGCUUCAACAUGACCACGGGAACAGUGAACGCCACUCUGAGUGGCAGAGGCUCGGAGAUGCUGCUAUCAGGUGUGUAUAAGAGCAGAGAGGCCCGUCUGAAGCUGGUGCUUUACCACAUGAGGGCUGUCGUACACACCACAUACAGCAGGAUAACCGAGGAAACCUGGUCCAUGGACGGUUUUGUUUCUGCUGAACAUGACGGCGGUACUUACGUCUAUCAAGGCUUCAUACAAGGAAAAGACUUCGGACAGUUUGGACUACAGAGACAAGGUCUAAAUAUAUCAGAGAUCACUAAAGCUCCCGAAAUUCCGCUCGGAACAAACAGCAGCUCUGUGGCCAUCGCAAUACUUGUGCCUUUUUUCGCCCUGAUUUUUGCAGGCUUUGGAUUUUAUCUAUACAAACAGAGAAAAUCGAACAAAACCGAAUACACUGGCUGUUCGGUGCACGAGAACAACAACGGUCAGGCCACUUUUGAAAACCCCAUGUACAACACCAACUCUAAGUCAAUGGAGGGAAAAGUAGUUCGGUUUGACCCCAACCUCAACACAGUCUGCACAAUGGUUUGA